GAGAGAGAGAGAGAGAGAGAGAGAGAGAGAGAGAGAGAGAGAGAGAGAGAGAGAGAGAGAGAGAGAGAGAAAGUGUGUGUGUGUGUGUCACUUUUGUGUGUCUCUAAUGUGCAUUGCUGUGUGCUCGGGAAAUAUCUUUUGCUCGUGUAGGUAGCGCGACGACAUUGUGCGGAGUGCCACUCGCCAAUCAGCAGAGUAAAAUGAAGCCUAAGUCGGACCGAGGCGGAGCGUCAGCCACCGGCCACUGUUCACCUGCUGACUGCUCUCAGCACGGUGGUGACUGACAGUCAUCUCAGCCCAGUCCGCCAGUCCGUUGGACGCUCCAGCAUGACGCCGCUGGAGGUACGCCAGUUGGCCACAUUCUGUAUAACCUGGACCGGAUACGCGCUCACCUACUUCCUGCGCAUGCCUUUAGGCAUCAUCAAGGCGGACCUACGCGACCAGGCGGGCCUGAACGAGGCGCAGCUGGGAUGGAUGGACGCCGCUCUGCUGGCGCCCUACGCUCUGGCGCAAAUGGCGCUGGCGCCGGCCGGCCAGCGGCUCGGAGCGCGGCGCACGCUCGGCCUCGGACUGUUGGCCGCCGGCGGCGCCAUGCUGCCGUUUGGCUUGGUCGGCGGUCCCGGCGCCAUGGCCAUGAUGCUGGCGCUGAACGGCGCCGCGCAGUCGUGCUGCUGGCCAGCCUGUGCGCGAUCACUGGCCGAAUGGUUCCCAGACAAUCGGCGCAACUCGGUGUUUGGUCUGUUCGGCACUUCGGCGUUCACUGGCGGAAUUGUAGGCACUGUGCUGGCAGUUUACCUGCAGGGUGCCUACGGAUGGCGUCUAGUGCACCUGAUCCCUUCACUGCUGUGUAUGUGUUUUGGCUUGCUAGUGCUGCUUGUGCUGUACUCGCCUGAGGAGCUCGGUGUCGCCGUGCACGAGAAGGAGUCGGCAGUGACCAAGUCGUCAAUUCCUGACGCUGCCCAGAGACUGACAUGGCGCGACGUCUGGCAAAUUCCUGUCAUCCCCGAGGUAGCCGCAGGCCUCCUGUUCUUGAAGCUGGUACGCUAUGGCGUCUAUAUGUGGUUGCCAAUGUUUCUGUCGCAGCAACUACACUACGGUCGUCAGGCGGCCGGGCUGCUGACACAGGCAUUCGACGUGGGAGCAGUGUUGGGCUCAGCCGUCAUCGGGGUGGCUGUAGAUCGUGUGUUCGCGGGCCGGGCGCUCACCGGCUGUCUGCUGAGCGUCGUGGCUUCAACACUCUCGCUGCUGCUGUUCUCGCUGACCAGCGGCUGGGGCGCUCCCGCCAACGGCCUGUUUCUGCUAAUGGCCGGCAUGUUCGGCGGCGGGCCGAAUACACUCCUCGCCGCCGCCAUACCCACCGAGCUGGGGCAGCGUGACGAGCGGCGCGCGGCGCAGGCUGCCAGUGGUGCCGUCAACGGGUUCGGCAGCGUGGGCACGUUCCUGGAGGGCCCGCUGCUGGGCGCGGUGGCGCUUCACCUGGGCUGGCCGGCCGUGUUCUACUCGAUGGUGUUGUCGAGCGCAAUGUCAGUGCUGUGCGUGCUGCGCGCCGUCCUGUUGGAGCAGCACUGGCGGCGGCGCCUGCGCGCGCCACUGAACGGCCCCACGUGACUCGCGUUUGGUGCUGUCGCACACCUGAUGUUUAAGGUGUCCAUCAUACUGUCACAGAAACCGAAAAUCGGUGAUUAGCCUCAGAUGGCUGUGCCUUUUGCAUGUGUUUUUACAUUUUGCAAUGUUGUGAAGUCAUUUCUGCAUGCUUCUAGGCACUCUUCACAAGUUUUACGAGCGGGUAUCGAAAAAGUUCUUGUUAUCACCAUGAAAUGUGUAGAUACAUAAAAAAUGAUCUUUUAAAUA